AUGGACACCUCUGAUGCCGCGGAGAGAGUCGCCGAGAAGGUGCGCGACCUCCUCACUCGUAAUUUGCGUGAAGAGUUCCCAUGCCUAAAGACGGAGGCACUCGAGAAGCUAGUCAAGGACAGCGGCAACUUGGUCAAGUCGAGGGUACAAGAGCAAGCACCUAUCAUGGCCGCCUCGAAGGCGCAUAUGUCCUUCAUGUCGUUGCCUCCGGAACUAAGAAAUAACAUCUACGAGAUAGUCCUCCUGCAUCCUGGGGGACUCGACAUACAGCCAGUUACCAUGGUUCGCGGCAACCGGAUGCGCAGGUUCAAGCCCGAAGUUCCCACAAGCAGAGUCCCAGACAUCGCAAGAGUGCCGCGACAGAUACGCCAGGAAGUCCUUUCACUACACUACGGCCUGAACACUUUCUCCGUCCAUGUCGAUAGUCGCAACAUCAAGGCGCCACACCAUAGCCGCGGCAUGCCAAGAGAGUCCAUCGCAGCGAAAGCUCAUAAGUGGCUUCAGCACAUCGGACCACAAAGCGCAGCGCUGAUCCGAGAUCUGGCAAUCGUGAUCCCGCUUUCAAUGGAUGAGUGCACAUGUCGCGGCAAGUGCAUUCGUGGCGGUCGCUGUCGCGCCUGGCACCUUCCUGGUCCGGAAGGUGUGGCUCGGUUGUUGAAGCUGCAUCGAUACGGCGUACCGCUCAGCUCUAUCGCAGUCCAGGUUGGCCCCUUGGUAGAAGUCGACGGCGAAAAGAUCUUGUGGCAGGAAGCUGUUAAAGCUCUCGGGCCAAUUUAG